AUGAGUACAGUGGAAACUCACGGCCUGCCUCAUGUAGUUAAUCUUUCAAAAGGAUACCCGUACAUGAUCACAAGUAAUAUCGACUUAGAAGAUAGUUUGGUCAAUGGUGUAAUCGGUACAUUAGUCCACAUUGAAGUGAUUGACAAUCCUGGUCAAUAUGAACUGAUGCCCGAACCUAGCAACUCUGAUGAAUCCGAUUCCAUCCAAUCACCACAUUUUAGAGUAUGGCUGCAAUUCGAAAAUGAAAAUAUUGGUCGAAAAGCUCGCAUAAAGUAUCGACCACAUGUCAUAGCCAAUAGUAACACCCUAAAGUUGGAGUGGACACCUCUAAAUGAAAGCACAGGAACCAUUUCGCUCAAUAAAUCAAUAAAAUGUAAACGAACUCAACUUCCACUCGUCCCAGCCUGUGCUAUUACCAUUCAUAAAGCUCAAGGUGGUACGUUUGAUGAAAUUGUAUUUCAAUACGAUGCUUCACAAAAUACUCAAUUAGUAUAUGUAGCACUUAGUAGAGUUACUAAGCUCGAAGGUCUUUACUUGACAAAUGCAAAAAAUGAUUUUUCAUUUUAUCAUGGUCGACGUGAAUCGUCUGCCACUCAAAAGAAUAUCAGAGACGAGUACGAACGAUCAAAACGCCAUCACUUAAAAACCUUGAGUCACAACGCUAAAAAAUUUUGCGAAAGCCCAGAUUCCGAUCAGUCUUCGAAUGAGAAAACACAAACUGAUACACCUCAACCGAUUAUCAUCGUUAGCAUGAAUGUACAAAGUCUUGCUGCUCAUACUGAUGACAUUUCCACUGAUUCGAUACUCCAAACUGCUGAAUAUUUAGUAUGCAGUGAAACUUGGAUAAGUGACAACGAGCCAUCUACAAAAAUCCGUGGAUUUAUCUGUAAAUCUCGACAAAAUAUAAUGACUCGAACCUGA